GCAGAGCCAUGGGAGGAGGAGGACUUCUCAAUGGACAGACCUGGCCUUGAAUACUUUCCAAAGACGCAGAGGAGCGAAAAGAGACAAAACAACUUUGGAUAUUCUUCUUUAAAGAGUUAUAGGGCUUUUUUUAAACUUUAGUUUUUACAUCUGCAGCACUCUUUGAGCUGAGAAGUGUUAGUAGCGUUUUUAUCUUGUUUUUUUUUCCAGAGUAAUUUCCUGUUGAUCCCUGGAAAAGAAGAGACACGGAAAGUUUACUCGCCCUGUUUGGAUUUACAUGCAGUCCAAAGUUCUGCGGAAUUAAAGAAGGGGUUAAAAAAGAGGUCCUGGCCUUGUUUCCUGAAGUUGGAGCGGAGAACCUGGGAGUGCUGCAAGCCCCUUGCCUCCCUCCCGUGGAAAAGACAACACAGGAUCGGACCCACGCUAUGGGCAACAAAGAAAGCCUCUCAACAACCGCACAAGUUAUUUAGUAACCAGCGCGCACACUCAGCGCUUAAACACACGGAUUUGUAGAGUUGCAGGAAAUGAGCAGCACUCCGGGAUGGAAAGGGAAUUAUAAAUGAGUCGUGUGGAAAACAAAGAAGGACACCUCUGUCGGGCUGAACACACGAAGGGAAAGCCCUGCGAGAAAUGGAGGAGGACGGCGCGCCGGAGCCAAACCACACUCUGGCGAAAGUCUCAUUUCUGUCUUCAUAACAAAGCUCCGUAGCAGCUGCACGACACGUUUACUACCGAAACAUUUCCUUUACCGAUGCUGCAGGGGUUUUCUGUCCCGUGUGUGAACAUGAGGCUGGAUGUGUUGCGGUUGUUUGUGAUCGUGCUGCUCGGCGGCGGCUCGGCGGUAUCAUCUGAUUGCAAAUCAAAUGAUGAGCGCCCGAGAAGCGGUGGGAAAAGCCUGUCGUCCGAGAGGAAAGUGGUCUGCAGCAACAUGGAGCUCCAUCAGGUGUUACCCCCGGACUCCUUCCCCAACAGGACAAUGACCCUAAUUCUAAACAACAAUAAGAUUCAAGAACUCAGAAAUGGAUCCUUCUUUGGGUUGCCUACUUUGGAAAAACUAGACCUGCGGAGCAACAUGAUCAGUCGCAUCGAACCAGGAGCGUUCCUCGGAUUGCCUGCUCUCAAGAGACUAGACUUGUCCAACAACAGCAUCGGCUGUCUGAACGUGGACAUCUUCAAAGGCCUCACCAGUCUGAUCAGACUAAACCUUUCAGGGAACAUGUUCUCCUCUUUGGCUCAGGAGACGUUUGACAGCUUGGCGUCUCUGAAGUCGCUGGAGUUUCAGACGCCUUUCCUGCUGUGUGACUGCAACCUGCUGUGGCUGCUGCGUUGGAUCAAAGACAGGAACAUCGUGGUGAAGAACACAAAGUGCUCCUUCCCCCAGUCUCUGCAGGGCCAGCUCAUCACCUCCAUCAGGCCGGAGCUGCUCACCUGUGACGCUCCUCUGGAGCUGCCCUCCUUCCAGCUGACUCCGUCCCAGCGGCAGGUCGUCUUUCAGGGGGACAGCCUGCCCUUCCAGUGCCAGGCCUCCUUCGUGGCCGAGGACAUGCAGGUGUUGUGGUACCAGAACGGCCGCAUGGUCAAGACCGACGCCUCCCAAGGCAUCUUCAUUGAGAAGCACAUGGUGCAGAACUGCUCUCUGAUUGCGAGUGCGUUGACCAUCUCCAACAUCCAGCCUGGCUUCACUGGGAACUGGGAGUGCCGGGUCAAGACGAGCCGGGGCAACACCACCAGGACCGUCCACAUUGUGGUGUUGGAGAGUUCUGCGGAGUACUGUGCUCCUGAACGCAUCUCCAACAACAAGGGAGAGUUCAAGUGGCCGCGCACCCUGGCGGGGAUCAGAGCCUACCUCCCCUGCAACAGACUGCCAUCGAGCGCCGGCACCUACUCGGGCGGCCCGGGCGAAGAGCAGCGGGCGUGGCGCUACUGCGACCGCAAGGGGCUGUGGACGGAGGAGGACUACUCACACUGCCAGUUCCAGAAAGACGUCACAAGAUUCCUAUUCGUCAUCAACCAGAUGCCUCUGAAUGAGAGCAACGUGGUGGCCAGGGCUCGACGCCUGUUGGUCUACACCGUCGAUGCUGCCAACUUCUCCGACAAGAUGGACAUCAUCUUCGUGGCCGAGAUGAUCGAGAAGUUUACCAAGUUUGUCGAGAAGUUUAAAGAUCUGGGUGAGGUGAUGGUGAGCAUGGCCAGUAACUUGAUGCUGGCCGAUGAGCGGGUGCUGUGGAUGGCUCAGCGUGAAGCCAUGGCUUGCUCACGCAUCAUCGCCUGCCUCCAGAAGAUCGCCGUCUACCGUCUGGCCACAGCGCAGGUCUUCUCCCUGACUUCCCCCAACAUCGCACUGGAGGCUCACGCUGUCCGGGCCAACGACUGGAACGGCAUGACCUGCAUGUUGUUCCAGAGGCCGAGCCCCGAGCGUACGCCGGGGCAGGACCGCCAACUCACCUUCAAAUGCAACACAACCAGCUCCUUCUCCAGCAUCCUCCACAAGAGCACCAUUGUGGAGGCUUCCCUGCAGCUUCCUCAGGCUCUCUUUACUCAGGCUGCGCUGCCUGGGCAGCCAGAGGACACGGUCUACAGGCUCCAUCUACUGGGCUUCCGCAAUGGCAAGUUCUUCCCCUCCACCAGUAACUCCUCCCAGCUGGCUGACGGAGGGAAGAGGAGGAGCGUUUCCACUCCUGUCAUCAUGGCCAAGAUCGACGGCAUGUCCCUGCGUGUCCUCCGGACGCCCGUUAACAUCACUCUGCGGCGGUUUGCCCGCGGCUCUGACGCAGUGUCCGCCUGCUGGAACUUCAGCCUGGUGGAAGGCCAGGGAGGAUGGCAGAGCGACGGCUGCAGCAUCCUGGGUCAUCACGACAACUUCACCACCAUAUCCUGCAACUCUCUGGGAAACUACGGCCUCCUGAUGGACCUCAGCAGCGUGGAGUAUUUCUCCCCAAGCAUCCAGCCCCUGCACCCCGUCAUCUACGCCACUACGAUCAUCCUGCUGAUCUGCCUGCUCACCAUUAUCACCAGCUACCUCUACCAUCACAGGUCUGUCCGUGUGAGCCGCAAGUUCUGGCACAUGCUGGUCAACCUCUGCUUCCACAUCUCCCUCACCUACGGGGUCUUCAUCGGCGGCAUAAAUCAGACGCGAUAUGCAAGCGUGUGCCAGGCGGUGGGCAUCUUGCUGCACUACUCGACUCUGGCCACCGCUCUGUGGGUGGGAGUGACCGCGCGCAACAUUUACAAACAGGUGACGCGCAAAGCCAAGCGCUACGAAGAGCUGGACGAACCUCCGCCGCCGCCGCGGCCUAUGCUGAGGUUCUACUUAAUCGGCGGAGGGAUACCCAUCAUUGUCUGUGGGAUCACUGCAGCAGCGAACAUCAAAAACUACGGCAGCCGGACUAAUGCACAAUAUUGCUGGAUGGCCUGGGAGCCCAGUAUCGGGGCUUUUUAUGGCCCAGUGGGAUUCAUCAUCUUUGUGGACUGCAUGUACUUCCUCAGCAUCCUGCUCCAGCUGCGCCGGCACCCCGAGCGUCGUUAUGAGUUCAAGGAGCCGGCCGAAGAGCAGCAGCAUCUGGCUCCGGCCAACGCAGAGGCCGGGACGGACGCUGCCAGCAGCCACUGCCAACCCCUCACUCUGCAGCUGCAGCCCAACGAGGCGUCCUCCUCCGUCGGGUCUGCCUCGCACUCUGUGCCGCUGACGGCGCUGGAGAAUGAGCACACCUUCGUCGCUCAGCUGAUGGGUGCGGCGGGGGCGUUGGGGCUGUACGCCGCCCUCUGGGUGUUUGGGGCCAUGGCCGUGUCACAGGAUCACCCCUUUGACUUAGCCUUCACCUGCCUGUUCGGCGUGGCCGCGCUGGCACUGGGGGCGUUCAUGGUGGCGCAUCACUGUGUCAACAGACAGGAUAUGAGGCGCUAUUGGUCCCAGGCCUGUUGCUCUGGGAGACGAGCCUACUCGGCACAGGAGGACGCGCUUCUGCCUCAGCCAGGCGUGGCGAUGACGUCAACUGCAGGAUCUGCGAGCAAAGCAGACGGUGAGUCCACAAGGUGCGGCCACAGCAGCGCAGACUCUUCUUACACAAAUAAAAGCGCCCCAAGCAUGCGCAACUCCGCCCAUGGCAGCAAGCUGACCAAUCUGCACGCAGAGGCAGCGCAGUGUAAGUCCGCUUCUGCGGUGACCGCCAACGGUGCAGCCGUUUUAGACAACAGCCUGACGGAACAUUCGAUAGACAAUGAAAUUAAAAUGCACAUAGCUCCAGUCGAGGUGCAGUUCCGCCCGAUGAACAACAUCAACAAUCCGACAACUGUCCCGAACGGACACGCGAGCAGGCAUCAUAAAAACAGAGCACGAGCGCACAGGGCGAGUCGGCUGACUGUGCUGCGAGAGUACGCCUACGACGUCCCCACCAGCGUGGAGGGCAGCGUGCAGAGCGCCCCCCACAGGCGGCACCACCAUUACGACGUAGCGGCACGCAACAGUCGACGGGCGGCCUACAUGGCCUACAGAGAGCGCCAUCAGAGCCAGCUGCAGCAGGACAGCAGUGACAGCGCCAGCCUGCCGCGCCGCUCCCGCCACGCAGACAAAGGAGGGGGCAGCACGCUGGAGAACGGGACGGUGGUAACUGAAGACACUGAGCUGGUCACUGCUGCUGCUGCUGAUGCUGAAGUUGAAGCUGAAGCUGCUGCUGCGGCAGCGGCUGCUGCUGCUGCUGCUGCUGCUGCUGCUGCUGCUGCUGCUGGGUCGAUCUCCAGUAAAGACUCUGACCCUGCACAGCAGCCCGGCACCACUGAACUAGAAACCCAACCCAAGUCGUACGGACUCAACCUCGUCACUCAGAACGGUGGCACACUUAAAGAAAAUGGGCAGCUUGUGCCUUUAAUCACCACAGAGAGUGCAGCCAGUGUAAAGACGGGCUUGUGGAAACAUGAAACUACUGUGUAGCGACAGUUUCCGUCCCAAAGACUGCAUCGUGAGACGCCUUUAAACUGUGAAAUGUCUUCUUUUGUUUUCCGAUUGUACAUUUAUUUCAUGUACAAUCAAAUCAUUACUGCCACUGAACUAUCUUUGUAGAUGUUUUUGUAAAUGGUCUAUUUUUAUAACUUUAAUCCAAACCUUGUUGUGCCAUUUUCAGAGUUCUGUAUGAAACUGCAUACCCUUACCCCGGGGGUUAUUUUCCGUUUAAUAGUUUGCCCCAACAAUAAUAAAACAAAAGUUCUGUUUACCUAA